AUGGGAGAGGAGAUCCAUCCCCCACCCACCAUACAACCCCUCGCAAGCACACCCCAGAAAGCACCUGACCCCGGGGGCUGGGCAGUCAGGUGUAAACAGGCAUCCAAUCAACGAAAUCUGUAUGGGCAGAGACAAUGGAAAAAUAAACAGGGCUGUUGGGGUAUUCAAGGACUCUUCUGUGACCUCACCAAUGAAACCUCAGACAUACAGGAGCCCUACUACGCGAGGGUGAGGACGGCCUCGGCUGGGGUCUUCUCAGGCUGGAGCGUGACCCGGCGGUUCACAUCCUGGUGGGAAACAACAAUAGAUCCUCCUGCCAUGAAAAUAACUCCACUUAAUGGAUCUCUGUUGGUGGUUCUCCGUGCUCCAGAUUUGCCAUAUAAAGACCAAAAGGGAAAAAAUAUAUCCAUGGAAAAUUACUAUGGACUAGUAUACCGAGUGUUUAUAAUUAACAAUUCACUAGAAAAGGAGCAAAAGGUGUAUGAAGGAACACACAGAGCUGUCAGAAUUGAAGCCCCAGCACCUCGCGCUGCUUACUGUGUCGUGGCUGAAAUGUAUCGGCCCGUGUUUGACAGCAGUAGUCAGAGGAGUGAAGAGACGUGCGUGGACAGUGCGUGAAACGGUGUGGCGAGUCCUCUGAUUUGCAAAGCAAGAGCUCUCUGGGAAAGGGGUGGCUCGU